UGAGUGAGAGGGCUAACAAAAACGCCACGAUUACGACUCCGCCCGACCUCUCCGAGAGUUCUCGACGAACGACGUGUUCGGUGUUUAUUUCGGAAUUCACUAGUGUCUUGGUUGGGUGUGUCGCUGAUUAAAUUAAAAAAGACAACAUGAGCGGACAGCAGUAUUACCCGUACAAGUGUACUCCCACGGUUUACCCCGCGGAACCUUUCGAAGCGGCCGCCGAUGCGGAGACGCUCCGCAAGGCCAUGAAAGGCUUCGGUACCGAUGAGAAGGCCAUCAUCGACGUCCUUUGCCGCCGUGGAAUCGUCCAGCGUCUAGAAAUCGCUGAAACCUUCAAAACUAACUAUGGAAAGGACCUCAUCAGUGAACUCAAGAGCGAACUUGGCGGUAACCUCGAGAACGUGAUAAUAGCUCUUAUGACUCCCCUCCCACACUUCUACGCUAAGGAGUUGCAUGACGCAGUCGCCGGGAUCGGAACUGACGAGGAAGCUAUCAUUGAAAUCCUUUGCACCCUAUCCAACUACGGCAUAAGGACCAUUUCAGCGUUUUAUGAACAGCUAUACGGCAAGAGCCUAGAGUCGGACCUGAAGGGUGACACCUCUGGUCACUUCAAGCGUCUAUGCGUGUCCCUGUGCAUGGCCAACCGCGAUGAGAACGCCGGAGUCGACGAGGGCGCGGCCAAAGCCGAUGCUGAGGCGCUGGCGUCUGCCGGAGAGGGACAGUGGGGCACAGAUGAGUCUGUCUUCAACUCCAUCCUUAUAACACGCUCUUAUCAGCAGCUGAGACAAAUCUUUGCUGAAUACGAGGCCUUGACUGGCAAAGAUAUUGAAGAAACAAUCAAGAAGGAAUUCUCUGGAAGCGUCGAGAAGGGCAUGCUUGCUAUCGUCAAGUGUGUGAAGAGCAAAGUUGGUUUCUUCGCGGAACGUCUGUACUACUCUAUGAAGGGUCUGGGAACCAACGACAAAACCCUUAUCAGAAUUGUCGUUAGCCGUUCCGAGAUCGAUCUCGGUGACAUCAAACAGGCUUUCCUAGACAAGUACGGCAAACCCCUGGAGGAGUGGAUCGCUGGCGACACUUCCGGGGAUUACAAGAAGGCUUUACUGACUCUUGUUGAGUAAAUAGUGUUGGCAAGGAUGGUCUGGGAGACAACGAAUGAGAUCACCUAGAUUUUAAUUCACUACAUUCUUUUUGUCAAUUGUUAGGUUCUUAAGAGCUAGGGUACGAGCACACUGAAAACAAACUUGGAUAUAUUUUACUCUAAUAUUGUCUCAAAGAUGAUUAGUGUAAAAAUUGUUUUCAGUAUGACCAAACCUUAGGUUAUCCAUGCCGAGUGUAAAUUUUAUUUUUCAUAAAGAUCUGUAUAUUUUGCUUAUGUUUAUCAUUGUCACGUAACUUUCUCUGCACAGUAGCUAACAGCUUAGUGUCGCGAGUGCAUGGUGCCUGGUACCUCAGUGUGGAGGUUGCUUUUUUUACAAGUAGUUGUUCCCAUUUUUCAGGAGGAGAUGGACGGUUCACUCGGUCAUCUCCUAUCUACAAUGUGUUACUAAGGCUACCCUACCCCAGACUAAAUAAGUUAUAUUACAACCGCCACUACCAUGUAUGACCUGUGGUGUAAAUAUUUAUAAUCUGUCGUACCCUAUUUAUAUGUAUUGGUACACUUUACUUAUUGAUGCAUUUUGAAAAAGAUUAUUAUGUUUUUAAGUUUUAUUAAUUAUUUAAUCUCAUGUGUGAUUUGUAAUCUCAUGCUAAUCUCAAUGCACGCUGUGUGAAGUAUCGAUAGAAAUUAUGGGCCAGUUUCGGUAUUAUUUUUGCUACUGUUACAGUGUUGGUUUUUCAAUAUCUUUACAGGAAGACCUAGAUGGUGACUUCAGGAAUGUUCUAGUCACACUUUGUGCUUAAUCCUGCAAAAUAAAUUAUAUAUUUUAUUUGCAUAUUAUAAAUUAUUUUUCUAUAAAUGUUUUAAAAAAUGCAUGUUAUCGAAUAGUUCUAUUACAGAAACAAAUGUAAUAUUUUGCAGGAUGAUACGAAAGGAGACUACAAAAGGGUGUUACUCACUAUUGUUUCUUAAGAAAAAGCAUAAUAAGACUACAAUGUACUGAAUGUUUGUAUUAUUGCACUUAAAAAGCUAAGUCCCGAUAUGAAACUGCCUUUAUAUAACUGUUGAGAUGUGUAGAAAUAAAAGCUUGAUAUUUUUGUGAAAAUGAGAUAUUUAUUGGUGCUGUAGUUUUGUUUACGGUGUAUUAUAUAUACAUAAAUACAUUAUUAAUAAAACUAUGUAUGUUUCAA